GCUGCCAUACGUGUAAUCCUGACUUACACAGGGCUUAUUUCUUCCACAAUAGGAACUUAUCAGACAAACCGGGGGAACCGGUUUCUUCUAUGCUGUGUACCAUCAUUGUCUUGAACUCCGAUGCCAAUCAUCAGCUCUCCUUUACAGGGGGUGAAGCGCUAGCCAUGUAUAAAAGGAUACUUUGCAACUCCCUAGUGUCUCAUCCACAACGAUGCGCCUCUUUUUCAUAGCCGCCUUAGCUCUCUCACAUGCCUAUGCCGUGUUUUCUCAACAGGAAGAGCUCCAUGCAACUUUGACCUGCGAGGAACGUGCUAAGCAAAAGGGCAUGCCCACCGAUUGUUGGAAAGAAGUUUACGACGACGACGGUCACAAAAAGUGCCGUCGGAUAGACAUCCAAGAAAUCUGCGAGGGUGUUGAAUUUAUUGAUGUGGACACCAAGAAGAAGGGGUGUUGUCCAGAUGACACGAAUUUUCUUACAUGGAUUGAUCAGCCUGCGCAUAUAGGCAAGUGCUGCCCGGUCGGGACACACAUGGUUCGCGGCCAGUGCGUCCCAUCGGUCCCAUCCGUAAAUCCCUACCCUCAGACAUGUGGUAAUGGACACGGCGGUGUUGAACCCUCUUGCACGUGCACGAAUAACCCAGUCUGUGGGCACGGCAAAUACCUAGGCAUCAAAUACGGUCACUGCUACAUCCUUUCCUUCUCCGAUGGGCAACAACUCGGCCUCAACCGGGACAAACCUGACUACGUCAAAAACGGCCUCUUCGAUGAUAUCCCCUUCAAAGUCUGCAAAUCGCCCACUGAUUGCUCCAGUGGAGAGGAGGUUGAGAUGGGCCAGUCCUUCUCCCUCCAAGAUCAGCAUGGAUUGUACGACGAUGUACUGGGAACGAAAGGGUGGAUCAAUAACGCCUUUGGUGGCCACUCGAUGUUCACCCCCAAUGGCAACGAAGCCGGGAAAUUCAAUGGUAUCCCGACUUGUGCCGGCGGUGAAUGCGCUCUUCAACUGCGUGGUGGUCCCAUUAACACUGCGUUGAAAUUUACUUGCCCGACUGACACGCCCUCAGUUUCAAGCUACGGCAACCCUAAAGUCGGCACGAAACUUCGCUUCUCUGAGGUGACAUGCGACGACUAUGAGGUUCCCCCCACUUCUGGUAUUAACCAAAACUGAGGCUGGAAGGAAAUUCGGGAC